GGCCCGAUAGUCUCGCGUGUACCGUAGAGACAGAAGAAGAAAACGUCGUCAUUGUUUUGGUCGACUGGUUUUGUUGCAGACUGAAUGAAAAGAAGACAUUUCAUCUGUUGGAUCUUUUAUUGUUUGAAUAAAGAGACCAGUCACCAUGACAACCAAGCAUGGACUGAUAACUGAUUCCUUCAAGGUGGUGAAGAAAGCAAAGAGAAGGGUGAAGAGGGAGAAGAGGCCUCCUUCUCCUGCACCUCACAGAGUGACUGAAACUGAAACGGUGCGAGAGGAGGAGCUGCACAAGCUCAGACAGUUUGAUCUGGACUGGACAUUUGGGCCAUGCACAGGGAUCAGCAGGUUGCAGAGAUGGGAGAGAGCGAAGCUUCAUGGUCUGAGCCCACUAGAGGAGAUCAGAGACCUGCUGCUUCAAACACACACUGACCCCGAGUACAACCUGAGCCUGUGGAGGGAAUAUCCUUUGUGAGGAAGACAUCGUGAGAAAGAGAAAAGUAUGCAGACUUACUUCAUACCACCCCAAAUCACAAAUGUGUCUGAGAGAUUUACCUUCUAUCCUUAAGCCCCGAAAAACUCCACAGAAAAGAAAAAAAGAUUGAACGGUGUAAAUAAAUUUAAAGGGAGGAACCUCAGGAAGAGCAGCGGAGGAGGGGCACUCUUCCAGAAGAUAGAGGAAGGACACCACAUCCAGUUGUGUCGGUUACUUACAAUUUUAAUAAAAAACAUUCUACCAAAA